UCAAGCGGCGUAGGAGUAAGAUCGAUUCCGCGUGACUGUGACCGUUCUUCGACGCUUCGUCGAAUUGGUCACUCGUGUACUUGCAACAAGUGUUGGACUUGACGUAUCUCAUACUGUAAUCACGUGCCGCUUGUUCGGUAAAGUGCCAAGUUAAGCAAAGUGAGCGUAGCCACGGUGCCUUUUCUGCGCCCCGCAGGUGUCCAAGUGUUCGCUUUGUUUGCCAAUCCGUGAGUGGUGCGCCAGGUGUGCCAGCACCACGCAUACGCGGAUCCAACAUUGAAGUGAACGUGCGCGACGUCAAGCAAGUGCCAAGCUCAAGUGUCGGUCGUGUUGAAAGCCUCCGUCCUCCGUCCGCGGACUAUAGACGGGUGGGUCGGUACGCACAGUGAACCCGUCGAAGACAAUCGGCUGGAAGGAUGAGCGGCCAGGGGCUGCUCGGCAGUGAUGGGCAGAUCGUACAGGAGCAGCGCCAAGUCGAGCGGCAGCCGCGAGCGGUCGAAGAGCAGCGCGCACGUGCGAGCAAGUGAAGCGCCAGCAGGCUCUGACAUUCAACAGGUGGGCCGACGCCUGCGUCUGGCGGCAGUGCGCGAGUGCGCGUCCUCUUCACGAGUGCUAGCGCGGACAUGCUCGUCGAGGCGGCGGCUGCUCGCGAGUGAGGAGGCCCGAAGAGGACAGUCCAGUGCGGCCGCGAGCAUGGCGCAGCGCAACCUGUUGCUGGCCCAGCUGCUGCUGUCGGCGAUUUUCUGCUGCUCGGCGCAGCUGGCUCCCUCCAAUCUGAUCGAGGAAAGAGUAUGCAUUGGAACCAAUGGACGACUGUCGGUGCCGUCCAACAAGGAGCACCACUAUCGCAACCUUCGCGACAGGUACACCAACUGUACCUACGUGGACGGCAACCUGGAGAUCACCUGGCUGCAGAGCGACACGUUCGACCUGAGCUUCCUGCGUAACAUCCGCGAGGUCACGGGUUACGUGCUCAUCACCCACGUGGACGUGCCCAAGAUCGUGCUGCCCAGGCUCCAGAUCAUUCGCGGCCGCACCCUGUUCAAGCUGCAAAUCCACAACGACGAGUUCGCCCUGUUCGUCACCAUGUGCCAGAUGUUCAACCUAGAGAUGCCCGCCCUGCGAGACAUCCUGAACGGCAGCGUGGGCGUCUACAACAACUACAAUCUGUGCCAUAUAAAGACGAUCAACUGGGACGAGAUAAUCACGGGCCAGGGUCGCAAGUACACCUUCAAGUACAACUUCACGUCUCCGGAGCGCGUCUGUCCGGAGUGCGACCAGAGCUGCGAGCAGGGCUGCUGGGGCGACGGCCCGCAAAACUGCCAGCGCUUCAGCAAGACCAACUGCUCGCCGCAGUGCUGGCAGGGACGGUGCUUCGGGCCGAACCCCCGCGAGUGCUGCCACCUGUUCUGCGCGGGCGGCUGCACCGGCCCCAAGCAGAGCGACUGCCUGGCCUGCCGCAACUUCUACGACGACGGCGUCUGCACGCAGGAGUGCCCGCCCAUGCAGAAGUACAACCCGACGAGCUACUCGUGGGAGCCUAACCCCGACGGCAAGUACGCCUACGGGGCGACCUGCGUGCGCAAGUGCCCGGAGCACCUGCUCAAGGACAACGGGGCGUGCGUGCGCUCCUGCCCGCCCAAGAAGAAGGCGCUCAAGGGCGAGUGCGUGCCCUGCGAGGGGCCCUGCCCCAAGACCUGCCCCGGCGCCGUCGAGGGCGUCAACUCGCUCAACAUCGACAUGUUCAAGGACUGCACCAUAAUCGAGGGCUCGCUCAGCAUCCUCGACACCAGCUUCAAGGGCUACCAGGUCUACUCCAACUUCACGUUCGGGCCGCGCAUCGAGCCCAUGCACCCCGACCGCCUCGAGGUCUUCAGCACCCUCAAGGAGAUCACCGGCUACCUCAACGUCCAGGCCGACCACCCCGACUUCCGCAACCUCUCCUACUUCCGCAACCUCGAGAUCAUCGGCGGGCGCACCCUCACCGAGUACUUCUCCACCCUGUACAUCGUCAGGACUUCGCUCGUCUCGCUGGACUUGCGCUCGCUCAAGACCAUCAGCUCCGGCUCCGUCUCGAUUCUCGAGAACAAGCACCUCUGCUACGCCGACUCCAUUAAGUGGGACACCAUUAGGAGGUCCGUCGAGCACGGCACCCUCUUUUCGAACAACAGGAACGAAACCGAGUGUCUCAUCGAGGGCCUCGUCUGCGACGAGCAGUGCUCCGCGAGCGGCUGCUGGGGCCCUGGCGCUGACCAGUGCCUGUCCUGCAAAAACUUCAUGCUCGGAAACGUCUGCGUCAAGGACUGCAAUUCGCCUGGAAUCUACCAGGCCGAGGACAACAAAUGCAAGCCCUGCCACGAGGAGUGCAACGGCACCUGCACCGGUCCCAAUCCCGAGCACUGCGUCGCCUGCAAGAACGUCCGCGACGGGCCCUACUGCGUUCCCCAAUGUCCCACCUCGAAAUACAACGACGACGGACAAUGCAGACCCUGCCACGAAAACUGCGUCGGUGGCUGCGAGGGGCCCGAAAACAACAUCGGUGAAAACGGCUGCCACAGCUGCGAGAAGGCCAUCAUGAACGGCAAACACGUGCCCGACGGAUGCUUGCAGAAGAAGGACCCUUGUCCAGACGGCCAUUACUUUGAAUGGAUAAGCCCGCAAGAGCAGGGAGCGCUGAAGCCACUGGCCGGAAAGGCAGUUUGCCGCAAGUGCCACGCCAAUUGCAAAAGGUGCACCAACUUCGGUACCCACCAGCAGGUCUGUCAGCAGUGCGUCAAGUACAAACGCGGCGAGCACUGCGACGAAGUUUGUCCGGACGAUCACUUCGUCGAGGCCGACACCAAUAACUGCGUUCCCUGCUACAAGGAGUGUCGCGAGUGCUACGGACCGGGGCCCCACGAGUGCUACAGCUGUCGGAAUCUCAAGCUGUUCGCGGAGGGCGGCAAUCCGUUCGACAAUACCACGGCUUUUAACUGCACGGAGGCCUGUCCGCCCGAGUACCCCCACAAGGUGUUCACGCAGGAAGACAGUGAUUUGUACUGCUCGGAAAAUCCGGUCGGCUUCGGACUCACUUACGACUCGGAUCUGCAACCCGCACUUAUUGGCGGCGCCGGGAUCGCCAUGUUCAUCGUGUUCUGCAUCUUGGCGGGACUGUUCUACCAUUGCCGAAUGAAAGUGAAGGUGAAGGAGAGCGCCGUGAAAAUGACGAUGGCCAUGACCGGGCUGGACGACAACGAGCCGCUGAGGCCGACGGGCAUCAAGCCCAAUUUGGCCAAGCUGCGCAUCAUCAAGGAGGAGGACAUGCGCAAAGGCGGAAUUCUGGGCCGCGGUGCCUUCGGCAACGUGUACAAGGGCGUGUGGGUGCCCGAGGGCGAGAACAACAAGAUCCCGGUGGCGAUCAAAGUGCUGCACGAGAACACGGGCGCCAACACCUCCAAGGAGUUCCUCGACGAGGCCUACAUCAUGGCGUCGGUGGAGCACCCCAACCUGCUGCAACUGCUGGCCGUCUGCCUGACCUCGCAGAUGAUGCUGGUGACGCAGCUGAUGCCGCUGGGUAGCCUGCUGGAGUUCGUGCGCAAUAACCGGGACAAGAUCGGCUCGAAGCCGAUGCUUAACUGGUGCACGCAGAUCGCGCGUGGCAUGGCCUAUCUGGAGGAGCGCCGCCUGGUGCACCGAGACCUCGCUGCGCGCAACGUCCUCGUGCAGACGGGUAACUGCGUCAAGAUCACCGACUUCGGCCUGGCCAAGCUGCUCGACAUCAACGAGGAGCAGUACAAAGCCGCAGGCGGCAAGAUGCCCAUCAAAUGGCUUGCCCUCGAGUGCAUCCAGCACCGCAUAUUCACCCACAAGAGCGACGUCUGGGCGUUCGGUGUGACCAUCUGGGAGGUGCUGACCUACGGCCAGCGGCCUUACGAGAACGUGCCCGCGCGCAACGUGCCCGAGCUGCUGGAGAAGGGUGACCGGCUGCCUCAACCGGUCAUCUGCUCCAUCGACGUCUACAUGAUCAUGAUCAAGUGUUGGAUGCUGGACGCCGACACGCGACCCAGCUUCAAGGAGCUGGCUAGCGACUUCGCCAAGAUGUCGCGGGACCCCGGCCGUUACCUGGCCAUCAGGGGCGACAAGUACAUGCGGCUGCCCUCGUACUCGCUGCAGGACGAGAAGGAGAUGAUCCGCAACCUGGCCUCUGCGAUGGACGGCGGCCCCCCGGAGACGCUGGUCGAGGACGACGAGUACCUGCAGCCCAAGUGCCGCGCGCCACUACCGCCGAACCUCCUGUCCAACAGCACCUCCGACUCCUCGCCGCCGAGCACGCCCAUCAAGAGUUGCUGGCCCAACGGUUUGUCCCUAGGCGCAGCCGACUCGCCGAUCCCGCAGAAUCAGCAGAACUGGGAUCGCGAGCUGCUCAGGUACGGAGCCGCCGCGCUCAUGCACCCGACCGUCGGACCCGGUGCCCUCGGGCCGCUCAGCCACGGCCCCGCCAGCCACUCGUCGCUUGCCGACGCCCAAGUCAGUGUUCAGGAUCCGACCAACUCGCUUCAGAGGUCCCACUACAGUCGUCCCAAUGGUCACUGCGCGCAGCACCUCGGCGCCGCUCAUUCGGACGCCGGCAGCUCGAGAUACUGUUCGGACCCUCUCAAGAUGAUCGGAGUCAGAGAUUGUGACGUGACAGAUGACGGAUUCCUUCCCGAAGCUACCACGGUGCAUCAACAGGCCCAGGUUGGCGGUGUCAAGCUGGAUCUCCCCGUUGACGAAGACGACUACUUAAUGCCGUCAACGCAGCCCAUAUCUUCAAAAACGCAGUACAUGGACAUUAUUGCCGAAACGAGUCCGACUGAAACCGAGUCGAAGCGUCUGAACAACGGCUUCCGCCAGUAUCCUAAAUUCUUGACGAUUCCCGGCAAGACUUCGCUCGACAAUCCGGAGUAUAUAAUGUCUCAGGAUGAUGGCCCGUUGACGCCACAAACUCUCGGCAUUCCUACGACGCCCACUCAAUUGGACCAAGCAUUGACGAACGGUGCGUUUGGUAGUGUUGCUCCUCUACGUCAGCGAACUUCCGAAGAGGAGUUGGACGAUCACGAGUAUUACAACGACUUCGUUACUGAUCGCGAGCUUCAACCUCUUAAACCUUUGAGGAAGAACGAAACUACCGUCUAAUUUUAUUUAUUUAUUUUUUUUUUUUUUUUUUUGAGCAGACAGUCUGUUGAAAGUUUGACAGUUGAAGAGUCAAGUUCGUCAAUAAACAUUUCCAUUCUUUUCCGAGAAAAGAAACAGUGUACAAAAUAUUGGUUUACCAGAACUAAUUCGAAGCGGUGAGACGAAAUACUUGGCUCUCUUAAUCGUUAUUUCAGAUCUCGAAAAUUAUAGAGUAACGUGCACAGGUAACGCGAGGUCGGCGUGACCAGUUACUAAAAGAUUUUUAACAUUGUAUAAAGCUAACGUUAUCAGUCGAUCAAAUUUGAUACUCGCGCAAAAGUUGCAAUUUGUUGUUACUAGAAGUAUUUUUUCAACUGUGUAUAUCAAUGCAGUUUGAUCAAAACAUGUUGAUUAUCGAGAUGUUUAACAAAAGUUUUGAUAUUGAAAAUAUUUGAUACAAUUUUACCAAUGGAUUUACCUCACGAAACGUUUUCGUACAUAUCCAUUUUUUUAACGUAUUCGUACUUUUAAAAUUUAUAAAUCGAUUAAAUGUUUAACAAGCUUAUAGAUAACUGUAAAUCGGCAAAAAUCUUUAUCCAUAAAUUUUCUAUUUGAAAAUUGUUGCUCGACGGUGAUCCAUGAUGUUUAGUAUUCUAAUUAGCAAAUUACUGCUUCAAGCAUUUUUAUAAAAUUUACAAACUAUUCAUGCGACGACUUUCGAAUGCGAUUUGUAGUACUUAGAAGUUUCCUAAAUAAUAACGUGUACCGUGUUUGAUUGUGAUCAUAACUUAAUAUUUUAUGUAUACAAACAGUGUGAAAGAGAGAAAUUGCGAGGGUGAUAUAUGAAUAUGACAUGCAUCUUUGCUGUAUCUAGUGCUAUAUCGAACACAUUUUUACAAAUAAAUAUUUCGAUAUACCAGUAAUAUCAGCAAUUACGAUAAAAUGUAGUGCAAAUAUAUUCUUAAUGUGCCAUUGUUAAUGUGGCUUGUAAAUAAUUGUAACUUAUAAAUGUAAUUUACAAAUCAGCGUGCAUGUUCAUUAUUAUGUUGUGCGUAAGCCCGAUUGAAAAGAACUAGCAUCUAUAAGCCGUUCAAGCGAAAAAAUCUAUUUUUACAUGUGGAAUGACAAAUACUUGUGCGAUUUUUUAUACAUUGAUCGAUUUUGCAUUGUCAAUCUAGUUUUGAAGGAAAUGAAGUUUUAACAAUAUAAAUUUUAAUAUUCGGUCGAACGAAUUCGAAAAAAACUUCGUUGUCACUGAUGACUGUGAUAAAAAAAAUAUUUAAGCCUUAACAAUUUUUAAAACUACGCAAUCCUACAUUAAUUGGGAGUUGUUUUGACGCUAAACAUAAAUGAUAGAAACUUUUGUUCAUUGUGCAGAAUAUUGAAAUUGAAACACUUAUGAAAUAAUGAUUCGAUUCAGUAAAAUAACUAUUGAUUAAUUCAAGAUUUGUCAAAAGUAAAGUACAAAUUCGUAAGGGAACAUACUUAUCGUUAAGAAGGUGUACCGCAAGCUGGCUUUCUCCAUUUCAAAUGUCGAUUAUGCAAUAUCUGGUUAGUAUUCCGUUUGCUUAAAUUCGUAGUAAACAGAGACGAUGGUGUCUUGUCGCAACAUAAUAUUGUGGCCAAUGAAAUUGGACCUGAGCGCAUUUUGACGAGGAAAAAUUUCAAACUUAUAACGUUUUAUAAUUAUUAUUGAAGUUCAAUGUAUAUAUCAAUACAAUACUAGUGUUUAUGUAAAAAUGCCUUCUACUCUGUAGAAUGAAAGUACUUCAAUCAUUAAAAUAAUUAUGAGGCAAAAAUACGUACUACAAGACAGUACGUAAUACACUCUGCUUAAAUGAUUACUGGAUAGGACGUGCCAUGUUGUAAAGACAACAAGCGAUGGAACAAUCAGUUUCUACAGAAAAAUGAGAAUCAUGAAUCAGAGUUUGAGUGAAUUUGCGUGAUAAUUGCAAUGUAAUAUUUUCCAAUUUCACACAUCAAUGUCGAACGAAUCAAGUUUUUUCAAAGUCACAAAUGCAAAUUGCCUUCAAUAAGUCAAUACCUACUGUGUACAUUAUGUUGAAUAUUAUUAAAAUUUAAUGUAACGUAUUUAAUUUUUAUCGUAUAACAGUUAUUAUUGUUUAGUAUAUUUUCACUUAUAAAGUGCGGAAGCGAGCAUAUAAGUAGAUAACUAAACAUAUAUUUUAGUCUUGCGGUAAAAUGAGGAGAAAUGGUUAAGUUCAGGUUUUGUCCGUGGCCAAUGGAUAUACGUCAUUCUUCCAACUACAGUAUUUUCAUAGCUGCUAGGACUGUUUCGAGCAACUGUAGCAAAAGACUAUAAUUAAAGAAUCGAUGUAUUUAUCAUGCGGUUGUGGACAUAGACUUGAUAGAUCUUUAUGCAUAUUAUAUCAUAUAUCGUUAUAAAAUUA